AUGUUUGUUAUCUGGAACAUUGAACUGAAACACAAAACCUGUAGGAUCUCCUUUAGUGAUAAAGACCAAAGCAUUGACUCCUGCAACGAUGGAAAGUCUCUCCGAAACACUUCAGCUGGUCAGUCAUACCUGCACAUCCCAAACUUUUCAGCUGACGAGGUUGGGGUUUACAGGUGUGAAUCAGUUUACACAGGAGGAAAUGAAUAUUAUAAAUUUGAAGUGGCUGUCACAGCUCCUCCCAAAGUAUCUGCCUGGUUAGAGCGUAGGGACAACAAGGUGGUGGCGGUCUGCAGAGCUGAAAAAGGAUAUCCUGCUGCCAAAAUCAGCUGGAGUCCUGCAGGAAAUGGUUCUGUGACACUGCAAGAUGAGCCAGAUGGAUUUGUAACAGUAGAGAGUUGGCUGGAGCUAUCUGGAGACAUGGAUCCAGAAAACCUGACAUGUGUUGUCCACCACCAGUUCUGGGCCAAGGAGAAGACUUUGGUACCAAAACUCAAAGAAGGUCAGGCUUCUUUAGACUGGAUGAAUGAGAAUGCAAUGUUUUAUUUUAAUAUGAUAGUUAGAUCUUUCUUUAAUGCUGUGGAUACGUGUUGUUGUCAUCGUAAUCGUUUCAGUAUUAUUAAUUAUUGCUCUAAAAAAACGUUUUUGGCAGGCCAUGUCAGCAGUGAGACAUCACCAACCAAAUGGAACCAAAUGCAAGCAAUGCAGGAAGCUGCUACAAGUGACCAAUUAACCUAAUUAAAACAGCCAUGUUUUUGGACUGUGGGACGAAGUUGGAGAACCCUGAGAGAACCCAUGAAUGCAGAGAACACGCGAACUCCAUGCAGAAAGACCCCUGGAUGGGAGUCGAACCGAGGACCUUCUUGCUGCAAGCCAACAGUGCCACUAAUAAUUUAUUUAUAGAAUAAAAGUCUAUAAAUAAAUUUUUAUAAAUAUUUUGUUCCGUAAAUGGCCUUUUUUCUACAAUGCUCCUCUACCUUGGAACUAACUAAAACUGGACCUGAAGCUGUGGAGCUUCACCGAACUGAAGAAUUUUAGAUAUAUUUUAAAGACAAUGGAGAAAGCAUCACCAGACAGCUGUUCCUGUUUCAAAUGUUUUAUUGCUUCUGUCUUAUUUUAUUUUUGUAUUUAUAUUUUUUAGCUCAUGUUGUAUGAACACCAGCUACUAUAAUCUGUUAUUGGUAUCAUGUAUGUUUGUAUAAAACAGGGUGCUCUUGAAAAUGAGAUCUUGUAUCUCCUUGAUCUCCUUUAUCUGUAUAAAUAAAGGUGAAAUAAAACAUAUAUAGGUCUUGAUUUUAUGCAACAAUUAUAUUAUUUCAUUUUUGCCAGCUGAUUUACAGCUGUUAAAUUCUGUUCUGUUCUCAUUGCUUGGAAAAAACUAUAUUUUAAUGAUUGCUGAAUUCCAAAUAAAAUAGUUUUCAUUUUCAACGGUAGUGAAAGUUUUCAAGAAUUUGCCCACUGAGUCUAUAUUCUUUCUUUGCAAACACCUUUAAAACAUUACUAGUUUGGUGUUUUUCUUUUAAAACAGUAAAUGAAUAUUGAAUAUGAAUAAAACUGAUGAAUAUUAA